ACUAUAUGCAGGGAUGCCCCUCCAGCUCACUCCGACCUAAACUUUCAUCUACAUCAUGCAAACUCUGCUACUACCGACAGCCCGCCUAGCCGCUGCUCCGACUGUGUCGCCGACAUUUAAUACGCCGACAGCUUUCGCGCCCCACUGUCGACGGCCUCCUCCACCCGCUCUAUCAUUUAAACACGACUAUACCUCUUCUUCUCUCUCUUCGUAUUCUUCUCUAUGCUCCGUACGAAUUCGGCAGUUCUACUCUCAAUCACGAACGUUUUCCUCCUCGCCGCCUUAUAUAAGUAUCAGAAAGAGAGUACCGCUUCAAUUAUCAUCGCCAAUUUCGGCUGGUUAUUCUCAAUCAAGCGAAGAAUUAGAUAAGACGAAACUGUCUCAGGUUGCUAAACGGUUAGAGAGUACAUCAAGAUACUUCAGGAGAUUGGGCAGUUUAGGAUUUUGGGGUCAGCUGGUUUGUACUGUGGUGGCUGCUGUGAUAUUGUCAUUUUCAGUAGUGGUAACAGGGAGAAUCACUUCUCCUGGCACUUUCUAUGCCACUGCCAGUGGAAUGGCUGCUGCUUUUGUUUCUGUAUUUUGGUCAUUUGGGUACAUCCGAUUGUCUGAUAAGCUUAGGAGAACUGCUAAUGAGCCCUCAAAGGCUCCCCCUCGUGGUGAUGUUGUGAAAAGGUUGAAAAAUGGAAUAAUUGUAAACAUUCUAGGCAUGGGUGCUGCUGUAUUGGGAAUGCAAGCUACAGUAGGUUCAUUGGUGGCGAAAGCUCUUACUUCAUCCGCUAAUCCCUAUUUCCAGGGUGUCCCUCCUGGCUACAACCCUGUUCUUGCACUCGACGUUUUCCUUAUUCAGGCAUCAGCAAACACUAUCCUUUCUCAUUUCUUGGGGCUAGUAUUUUCAUUGGAACUACUAAGAUCUGUGACAUUACCACCAUCAGACAACAUUAAUCCCGUUCCUAGAUCUGCUGCAGCCUGAACUAGAUCGAGAGCGGGAUGUUAUCAUUAUGAGCUAUAAUUAUGGUUUUGCCAACAAUGGUAGUUAGUUAGGUAAAAUGGUGAUAAUAAGUUGCUUGUGUUCUCUAUUUUGGAGGAUGACUCGAGCUCUUUUGUUUUGCUUUACUCACCAUUUGGAGAGAAAAUCUAUGUUAUGAUAAUCAGUGCUUCCCUUUUAAGACACCCAAAAAGGGUUUUGAUUGAGAAGUUUUAGCCUGUUUAGUUCUUAA